AUGGCGCCGCCGCCGUCGCCGUCGCCGCUUCCCGCGCGAUCCCGGCCCGGAGGCUGCAGCCGCUUUCUGCGGGCGGAGCAGCCGCUCGGCAUCAGCGUCUCUCGUCCAACCUCAGCCACACUCUUCGGCCUCAUCUGCCGCCUCUCCCUCGGGCAGAUAGCCUCGGGGCCUCCUGUCGCCGAGGCACCGCCAUCGCUUCCUGCGCGAUCCCGGCCCGCCGGCCGCUGCCGCUUCCUGGACGCCGAGCAGCGGGGGCGUACCUGCGUCUCUUGGGGCGGGAACAGAUCUCACGCCACAGGCGUUACCUGUCAGUGUACAGAAUGUGGAGACACCUGCCAUUGUCCCUCUCAACGAACCACUCCUCUGAGAACUCUUAAGGGAACGGAACCUCACAAAUGUAAUGAAUGUGGGAAAGCAUUUAGUCAGUCCUCAAACCUCUACAGACACAUAAGAAUUCACAGUGGAGAGAGACCCUAUAAAUGUAAGGAAUGUGGGAAAGGCUUUAGAGAGUCCUCAGACCUCACUUCACAUACAAGAAUUCACAGUGGAGAGAGGCCUUACAAAUGUAAGCAAUGUGGAAAAGCCUUUAGGUGUUCAUCAAACCUCAAUCAACAUAUGAACAUUCACAGUGGACAGAGGCCUUAUGAAUGUAAGGAAUGUGGGAGAGCCUUUAGUUACCGGUCAACCCUAACUAAACAUACCAGAACUCACAAUAGAGAGAGGCCGUAUGAAUGUAAGGAAUGUGGGAAAACCUUUAAACGUUCCUCAUAUCUUACUCACCAUAUAAGAACUCACACUGGAGAGAGGCCCUAUGAAUGUAAGGAAUGUGGGAAAACCUUUAGUCGUUCCUAUUGCCUCAUCAGACAUAAUAGAACUCACAGUGGAGAGAGGCCUUAUGAAUGUAAACAAUGUGGGAAAGCCUUUACACAGGCCACAAACCUCACGACACAUAUGCGAGUUCACAGUGGAGAGAAGCCUUAUGAAUGUAAGGUAUGUGGGAAAGCCUUUACACAGGCCUCGCACCUCACAUCCCAUAUGCGAACUCACAGUUAAGAGAGGCCUUAUACACAUGAGGAAUGUGGGAAACCAUUUAUGAGUUCAUCACAGCUCACUGGACAUGUGAAAUCUCACAGUGGGCAGAAGCCUUAUUAA